AUGUUUCACGCCGACCCAACCUCGGAAGCCUCAAGCGCAGCAAGUCCAGAUGUCGUUCCGCCGCCUUUCCUUGCCGGGCUCGACUCGCUCUCCUCCGAGGUCGAAGCGUUCAUGCUCAAUCUCCAAACGGACAAAACAGAUUCCCUACGGAGGAAACUCGAGUCUGAUAUAGCUGAUGUGGAACUACUCGUUGCGAAGCUCCGUGGGGUCGACCGGAGAGGUUCUGAUGCGGACGUUGCGCAAGUUGCGCAGUUGGAUAGCCUGACGGAACGGAUGAACAAGAGCAAGGGGCUUGUAGCUGAGGAGUCAGCGCUGCUUGAGAAGAUGAUAAAGCUUGUAGAAGACUCGCGGCGGCUGAGAGUGGCAAUGCGAGAGAGGGAACAAGGCACUGAGAAGACACUGAACGAGAGGGAUAAGCUGCGUGAGGAUGUACGGAGGGAGAAGGAGCUUCACCAGGCGACUAUGACGGAGGUGGAAGCGCUGCGGAGGCAGCUGGGUGAGGAGAAGAAGCUCCACGAGGAGACGCGACUGGCAAGAGACCAGUUUUCUGAGCAGAAUAAUAAACAAAAGGAACUCUGUGAGGAGUCGCACAAGAAGAAUAAAGUAUUACUUGAGGAGAUAUGGAAGUGGAGGGAGGUCCAUGCAGAGAUGAAGAGCGAGAUCGUGAAGCUCCGUGCGGAGCUUCUGAACCUUGAAGAGACGAAGAGCGUGAUCGAGAAACUCCAUGCGGGGCUUCUGAAGGAGAAAGAACAUCUUCGUGAAAAGAUAAAGGGCGAGAUGAAACAGGAGCAGGCAGAGCAGGAAAGAUCCAGACUGGUGCGACUGGAGCAGCAAGCGAGGAAAAUGCGAAAUUCCGAGCAGACAACCGCGCGGGAUUGA